UACACAAUGCUUCCACGCUAUCUAGACAGGGCAGGAGCACAGUUGAAACCACACUCCUUCCUCCUUCUGCAGCGGGCUUGGGCUGAGCUCUCAGAAGAUGCCAACGACAGUUUCCGGAGCUCUGCAUGCCUGUAUCCACUUGCUCAGCACAACAAACCCUAGCAAACGGACGCUGUGAUUAGGACUAUUUGCAAGGGAGGACGUCGAGGCACCAAUCAAACCUAGGACACAGAGGACACCCCCCCCCAUGAGCCCAAGACCACACAGUCGUGGAGAAGCGCCGCAAAUUCUCUCCUAAAUUACCAUCUCCUUCUGACUUGACUCUGAGGAACUGAAAACGCCAUCAAGAAGCCACCGGCACCUUCCACGACUGCGCUGGGCUAGGCUCAGAGCUGGACAGUUGUGCCUGUGAGACAGAGAUGAAGAAACUGGGACUCAGAGAGGUUAAGGAAUUCCACUGAUGCGGCACAGCAGAUGCUUCUCAACCUCUGUACCUUCUUGGAGAUGUCCUUAAAGUUCCCAUCCUUGGUGACAGCCUGGGAAACACAAAGCUCUAAUUAAGGACUGUCCCGAGCCACACUUUCUGGAGGAGAGGGGCCACGCAUCGGCCCCACAGUCUGCACCAAGACCUUUUUUCAGAUCCUCCAGGGGUGCACUCAGAGUGGGGAUUAAACCUUGAUCCCUUUGGCGUGGGGCAGAGCAUUGCUCUUCCCAGGCUUGAUUAAAGUCACCAAGCCACGCUUUCAACUGUGCUCGGGGUUGAGAAAAACCGCUCUGCUCCGUUUACCAAAAGGAAGGCAAUACAGGCACAACUGCAUCUCACCCACCACGCUCUUGGCACCACACAGACCACAGACCUAAGGAAGACAAUACAGGCGCAACUGCAUCUCACCCACCACACAGACCACAGACCUAGACGCGGCUCCAACAGGCUGGUUUGCCCCGGCUGCCUCGGUGGCCUCCCCUUCCUGCUGCCUGCGCCUGCAUCUCUGGGAUCCGCUCAAAACUAGGCAGGGUCGUCCCCGCCCCCUGCCGUCCGCACAGAGGAGCCGGCCAAGGGUAGAGAUGAUGACCAUGAGGAAGAGGACGCUCAAGUGGCUCACCUUCUCCCUGCUUCUCAUCUUCCUCACGUCCUUUGUCUUGAACUACUCCAGCACGGGAGUGCCCACUGCCUGGUUCUCCAAGCACAUGGCCCUGGGGCUCUCAGACAACCUACGCAAGCUCAUCAAGUCACAGCCUUGCGCCUGCACACGUUGCAUCAGCCAGGGCAAGGUCUCCUACUGGUUCGACCAGCGCUUCAACAAGACCAUGCAGCCGCUGCUGACAGCCCACAACGCUCUGAUGGAAAAGGACACAUACCAGUGGUGGCUGAGGCUCCAGCGGGAGAGGAAACCUAACAACCUGAGCGACACCAUCAGGGAACUGUUUCGUGUGGUGCCCGGGAAUGUGGACCCUAUGCUGGACAAGAGGUUGGUGGGUUGCCGACGCUGUGCAGUCGUGGGAAACUCCGGGAACCUGAAGGACUCCUCGUAUGGGCCUGAGAUCGACAGCCACGACUUUGUGGUAAGGAUGAACAGGGCACCCACGGUGGGCUUUGAGGCAGAUGUGGGGAGCAAGACCACCCACCAUCUUAUGUACCCUGAGAGCUUCCGGGAGCUGGGAGAGAACGUCAGCAUGGUCCUGGUCCCCUUCAAGACCACCGACCUGCAGUGGGUGAUCAGUGCCACCACCACAGGCACCAUCACUCACACCUAUGUCCCUGUGCCCCCGAAGAUCAAGGUGAAACAGGAGAAGAUCCUCAUCUACCACCCAGCCUUCAUCAAGUAUGUCUUUGACAACUGGCUGCAGGGCCAUGGGCGGUACCCAUCGACUGGCAUUCUCUCCGUCAUCUUCUCCAUUCAUGUCUGCGAUGAGGUGGACUUGUACGGCUUCGGGGCAGACAGCAAAGGGAAUUGGCACCAUUACUGGGAAAACAACCCGUCUGCGGGCGCCUUCCGGAAGACCGGGGUACAUGACGCAGACUUCGAGUACAAUGUCACCACCACUCUGGCAGCCGCCAGCAAGAUCCGCAUCUUCAAGGGGAGAUGACGCUGCGACCUGUCAGGGACGGACUCUCCACACCUCACCUCUCAACUUGCAGCCCCAGCAUCUCACUGGAGCCAUUUUGUUCCGGAAGCUUCCAGGGCUGAACUUGAGGUGUUCCCAGGCUCGCCGGCAGCCUCUGGCGCUCUCAUUUGGGUAGCAUUUUUUGACAAAGUUGUCCAACUCUCCCAGGGUACCGAGCAAGCCUCUCACUUUCCCACUGCUCUCUCCUAGCUAGGGGGAGAGUGGGCAGAUACUGAGAAAGGUCUAAUGUCCGAAUGAUGGCAGUUAUUUUGACUUCUGGGGUGGGGGUGGGGCAUAGAGCAUGGGGAAAACAAAUCCUGAAGAUUCCUAUGUUCAACAAGGUGGGCAUUUCCUGGAAGUCAUUUAGAGGCUGCCACUGAACUGUGAGCCUCGUGCUCAACUCAGACUCUGGCUGGGAUGUUUGUGGCAGUUGAGACAACUGUGACAGAGCAGAGCAGCACUGGGCUACGCCAGCACUGGGCCAAGACGCUGUUCGCCUUUGCAUGAAGCCUGGCCUGUCACUUGAUAUGGCAUCCCCAUUGUCCCGUUCCUCCCAAAGCUCACUGAUGAUGGCGGGCAAAGCGUCCGAUUGCAGAGGUCUCCCGUAGAAACCUGGCCACAGCGGGGGGAAGCCCUCCUCACCAUCCUGUGUGAUUACACGGAUGGCCGGAGCAGGUCUGACUACUUCCACGUGCCUUUGAACUUGAGGAAGAAAUGCAUGCGUUGGCUGACAUGAAGCAAGAUCCCCAGCUAGAAAGGGGUGGGGGGGCUCCUCCAGAGAGUCCCGCUUUGCUGCAUAGCUCGGAAUCUGUUUUCAAAUGACACUCUGCACCACUCAGAGUGUGCCGGGCGUGGGAUGGGUACUCGCUUCUGUUUCCUCCUCAGACUGUUGGGUUCAGGACCACUAACAACCAGCAUCCUCCCCUGAGUCCUGAACACUGGGCUGAGUCCCUAGCAGCCGCCUUCCUGGAUGCAUGGGGGGAGUCUCAAUGGAGGCAUCCUAUGACCAAAAUUGAAAUGCAUGUACCUCUUCUCCUCGCUCCUGUCUGUCCUCCCCUCCUCCCUCUGUAGACUUGCUGUUAUUUAUUGAUUUGUUAAUUCAGCUGACCCUGCCUGUGCACACUCUUCCCCAUUGCUGCUCACAAGGUUUUUGUUGCCUUCCGUGGCAAAUGGGAGCAGCAAUGGAGAGGAAGGCCUCUGAGCUUCCCGGAUGUGUGUGUGUGUGUGUGUGUGUGUGUGUGUGUGUGUGUGUGUGUGUGUGUGUGUGUGUGUGUGUGUGUGUUGAGGCAUCUGGACUGGGGGCCUUGCUGGGGGGCAGGAGUGAUGAUCCUUUGUACCACCCGUGUCACCUCCUUUUCCGGCACAGCUGACUUGCCUUCUUCCUCGUUGCAGAAGGGACUCACUCAGCCUGGGACUCCUUGGUGAGGGGAUGGAGACAAGGGUGAAUGCGCCCUGGACGGUAGUUGUCACCUCCUUGCAGAUGUCCAAUCAGAGAAACCUCUGUUUCCACUGAAAGUAUUCCCUAAAGACCACAGCAGCUUCAUCAAGGCAGAGUGUGAGAGAGGUGUCCUGAGGGUGGUGAGGUCGCCCCUUGCUCAGGUUUCCCUGUGCAAUCAGAGCUCAGGGGCCUCCAUCAGGGGGCCACACACAGCUUUGGUCCAUUCAUGGGCAUCACCAAAGAGCGGACGCCAAGAUUGCCAUUUAUUUCCCAGGAGACUGUCCUGUGAGUGGCUCCGUUGUAGCUUUUGCUCAGUUCUCAAAGACGCAGAAUCCGGGCUUUUAAUGGAGGGACGGGAUGUCCCACUUUUAACAUCUUUCUGACAUAAGACCCUUGACUGAAAAGGCUGAGCUCCUGUGAGGUCCUUGCUCCGGAGAGGCUUCCUCAAGGGUCCGGGUGUGAGGAACUCAGCAGAUUUCGUUUGUGCAUCGGUGGGUCAGCCCCUCAGACAAGUCAGAAUUAGCGGAUGUUGGCGUUGGGGUGACAGCCUGCUCAGGGCUCUACUGCACAAGAGCAAGUGUCUGCAGCAAGAAUGUGGCCAUUUCUAGAUGAACACAGCUCAGGGAGCUCUUCCUGUCUCCAUCAGCCCCUCCCACUCCCCUUCCCUGCCUCCCUCUUUCCCUCCUUGUCUCCUUCCCUCCCUCCCUCCUUCAUCCAAGGAGGCAGCAUUUCCCUUUCCCAUAACCCUCAGCCGUCCCCUGUGUCUCACUGGCUUAGCUGCGGGCUUUUAACUGGAUAAGAUACAGUCCACUGUGGCCAGAAUUAAGUGCACCAAUUAGUUUAAGGUAACUGGAGCUUUCCUUGGGGUGUGGGUAGCUGAGAACAGGAAGAACCUCCCUUUCCCAAGCAGACUGGGCUGGCUGCUGUGCACAGAGCUGAUCGGGAAGCUGCUAAGUCAGGGGACCCAGGGGCUUCUCAGCAGCACCCUACACUACUAACCUGCAGUGAACCAGGAGACGUGUUUCUUGUGCUGGUGGCAGGCUGCCCCAUCCUCGGCCUCUUAGGGGAGAGAGAAGGCUAUCUGUAGCCCUUUAGCUCCUGGAAGAGACAAGCCAGAGAGAAAAUCCUGACACUGCUGCCUUAGGUUGGCUUUUGGGCAUCAGACAACAUCUGGUAAACCAUGGACUAGUGGGACAGACCCACGAUAGUACAGGAUGGAUAGAAUAAGGAGGCCAGGAACUAGCUGGGGCCCUGAAGGUCUGGAGAUCGCCUUAAGGAAAAGGGUGCAGAGGGUGCUGCAGUCUCCACGGUGGCCACUUGGGGCUGCUAGAGGCCCAUCGCACUUUCUGGGGAAAGGGCCUCCCUAUCCAAUGUGGAAAGGACCACAGGGGAUAAUGGAGAACUCAGAGGUUGGCUUUAUCUGUACCCUUCAAAGCAGCCACCAGUAUGCAGGGCGCGAGAGGCCCUGGGUGGCCCACAGCCCACCUGAGGAUAGAGUGACAGCUGCUCAAAGUCGGGCAGCUGAAGCCACGGGUUUCAUCACAGCCGUCCGAGGUGACAAAGAUGUGGUCUUGGCUGCUCAGCCACCGUAGUCUGGCGAGCCAAUUGUGAGAUAACAAUAAUGUCAGCUUUCCUCUUGGUUGUCAGCCGGGAGCUGCAAACACGUGUAAGAAACACGAGGGCGAGGGGAGAAGGCGGAGGCCAGCAGAGCGGCGGCUCGUGCCCUCGGCCUCGGAGUGCAGUAACUGUCCUUACCCGAACAGCGUGCAGCCUCGCCAGGCCCGCUUACGCCUGGUGACCUCCCUCUGCAGAAGGGAGGACCCCACCCUCGCCUCUCCCAACCUUUCUGCUCACUCGGCUCCUCCUGCCCAGGGUCUGCCCCGUGGCACCAGCUUUAAUUAACCUGUCUCCGAAGCCUCGUCUGGAUCUUGCUGUCCUAGGUGGACGUGAGUCCCUCCUGCAUCCCAGACCUCUGCACAAUCACUUCAGCCCUUCGCCCAGAGCCUGGUCUGCACUCUGCUCAGCUCUCUUUAGUAGGUGGACGUGAGUUCCCCCCUGCACCCCAGACGCCUGCACAAUCACUUUAGCCCUUUGCCAAGGCCCCUUCAGAGCCAAAGUUCUUCAAGCACUUUCCUUCCCAAGAGCUUUACCUUCCUUGCUUCCCGCGGCCCAGCGCCACCCAUGCACACUUUGCUUUCUCGCCCCCCCUACCUUGUAAUCCUCCGGAUCAGUCUGAAUGCAUUUCCAAUGACGUUAGCGAGCCUGCCUUCCUCAGCCCCUGCUUUUGUUUUAUUUAUUGUUGAAUAUUUCCAAUGAUCCGAACCAACGUGAAUAAAAAGAGCUAUUUUAUUGUU